CAUGAAUGGCGGGGGAAUAACAUGGAUGAGGCAAAGAAAGCCGAGUGGAUUAAUGAGCAGAUCCGUCUUCGUGAUCGGUUGAUUCUUGAAGAUCAUGAUCUCACAUUCUCCGUCUCUCCAAUGGGAACGAUCAGCGAUGCUUAUUUUCACCGUGUUGGAGGCGUCGACCUCAGCUUCGUCAGGAAUAGCGAAGUAGAUGCAGUCGCAGCACUCGUUGUUCUUUCAUAUCCAAUGCUGGAGGUUGUCUACAAACAUUGCGAACGCGUGAAGUUGACCGAGCCCUACAUUAAUGGCUUCCUCGCGUUCCGAGAAGUGCCAUGCAUACUUCCACUCUUUGAUCGUUUGAAGAGAGAAGCACCCGCCUGCUGGCCGCAUGUCCUGUUCGUGGACGGGAAUGGUAUCCUACACCCAAGGGGUUUCGGAUUAGCCUCCCAUCUGGGCGUGUUGUUGGAUUUGCCGACAAUCGGUGUCGCUAAGAGCCUGGGUCCUCCCGCUACCGACACGAACCGCUCCAUCCAGACAGCGUUCGCCUGGACUCGUUCCAAUCCCGCACGUUACCGGGAGCUGCCGCUUGAGGAUGAGUCAUGCAAAGAGUUGGGAACAGCGUUGAGUGUCGAAGGGAAGAGCCCGAUUUUCAUAUCACAGGGGCACAAAAUAAGCUUGCAAACGGCAGUGCAUCUGGUAAAGGAUGUAUGUCUGUAUAGAAUACCGGAACCGAUACGGAGAGCAGAUCUAGCAAGUAGAGCCUUAGCCGCGGAACCGAUGUCAUGACACCCUUGAUCAUCUUCCUCUAAUCUCCCCUUAUAUAUCUCAUAUAGCCUGUAAUAGAUCUACUCCAUCCACCUCGCACCCUCCACC